AUGUCGGCAUCGGAAUCAUGGCUUCACUUGUGCCUCUACCGCCGUUUGCGCCAGCCUCUGAAUCAUGGGACUCCUACCUUGCUCGGUUCGACUGCUACCUCCAAGAGGGACAUGAUUCAAGAGAAGCUCCGCAACCACUACGCGCCAAAGCCGUCCAAGAUUGCUGCCCACCAUGCCUUCUACCACCGGAACCAGGCAGAGGGGGGGUCAAUCAACAACCACACCACCGCCCUCCGACAGGCUGCAAUGCACUGCGAGUUCCAAGACUUAGACGGUGCCCUGAUGGAUCGAAUCAUCUGCGGGGUCCAGGACAGCCGUCUGCAACGGCGUCUCCUCGCCAAGCCAGACCUCACGCUGUAG